AUGUUCCAUGCCACAAUACAGACGCUCCUAUGUGACAUUAAAGAAGAAAAAGUCACAUCGCUUUUAAGCAAAGAAGUUGUUGCUAUUAAGGAAAAAAUCGAGACACAUGAUAAACUGAGUUUAUCAGAAAAGACAGAGACACAUCAUUCACCUUUCUCCGAGGCAGAUUACACACAGAUCUAUGAGGCACUGUCAACCCCUCUCCUGCCACCGUCUCAGCGAAAGUUUGAUCCACUAUUAGACAAUUUGUCUUUAUCGUUUAAUGAUACACAACGAAUCGAGACGGCCGAGCAAUUAAACAAACGAUUGCCAUCAGUCACGGAAAUAAAGACUGUUGCAAACGCAGAAAAUUCUCUGACUGUUGCUUUGAAAGUGACGGGUGUAAACAAUGUGGAAGAUUUUAAUAGGAUUUUGUGCUAUAGCAUCAUCAGUAAGCGAUACGAGGAAGUCCCGGAAAUCAUACAAUUGAUGAAUGAUGCCAAAGUAACACCUGAUAUCAAGACAUACGAUCAUCUUCUCAACUUGUACGCGAUCGUUGGUGAUGUAGAAAAGGCGAAACUAACUUUCGAACAAGUUAAUAGUGAUGGAAUGGGUCAUUCAAUUUACAGUUACGGAAACCUGAUCAGAGCAUACGUGAAAAACCUCCGAAUAGAUGAAGCUUUUGCAGUAUACGAGAGUAUAAAAAAAGCAGGAUUGCCUAUAUUUACAACACUUAUGAAAGGCUGCAUCGACAGCGGAGACGUUCCGCGCGCAUGGCGCACGUUCGAUAUAAUGCGAUUAGAAGUUUGCCAACCGGAUGAAGUUUCAUACAGUUUGAUGAUACAUGCAUGUGCAAAGACACAAGAUGCUGAGAAAGCUUUCGAUUUAUUUGAAGAAAUGACUGGAAAGGGUUUAUAUCCAACAGAGAUGCGUGAAUACGGUUAUCAACCUGACAGAAUUUCUUAUAACUCGCUAAUAUAUGCGUGUGCAAAGACGGGUGACGUCCGUCUGGCCAGGAUGCUAUUGAAACAGUUAUUAGAAGAGAACUCGACCAUUACACCUGAUGAACAAACAUUCACCAAUAUGUUCUGGACUUAUUCGGCAUACGUUGAACCGCAGGAUAAAUCACACAAAGACAGUGUGAAUGCACCAAAUGCGCUUAAAGAACAAAUAACAUUGUCGGAUGGCACCGUGUCUUUGUCAGAAAAGGCAACUUUAUCUGAAACCUCUACCGCGAGCGAGUCCACUCCGGAUAAGGGCGACGAUAAUUCUUUAGUGCAUCUGGAUGCAUAUCCCUUCCUUUCUUAUGAGCCUGUCACUGAUAAGCAAAUACUCGCUGAAGCAAGGAUGAUAUUCGAGUACGUGAAAUCUAUGACUGACAACAAUUCAAAUGGCUUGGAGAAAUCGGGUGAUGAGCAGAUCCAAUUGUCAGCUUAUCUAAUGGAUGCAUAUAUGAACAUUUUCCAUAAAAAAGGUAAAUUUAAUGAUGUUCUAUCAUUAUAUAAAGAAAAAUUGCCCGAAUUAGGCAUCCCACAAUCUGGUUGGAUAUAUUCUACUAUGCUCAAAACCUGCUAUAAGCAUCGAAGAUAUGAAGAAGCUUUGAGAGUCUGGGAGGAUUGGAAAAGUUGGUGGGGUAACAAUGACAAGACCGACCAGAUGACGAAAAUCGGACGAACGGCUGCUGUACAAUAUGAAGUUUAUCAAUGGAUGAUCAAUACUCUUGCUAGAUGCAAUGAUCUCUCCAAUGCAAUUUAUCUACUUCAAGAACUUGCAUCCAUGCAGACACCCAAGCUGGCUGAUUUUCGCGUCACAUAUCAAAUGGCUGUUCAGGCUGAAGAUGAGAAAGCUAGAAGGACUAUACUAGAUCUGUGCCCAACCAGAAAGAAGAAGGUUGAUGUAGCUCGAGACAUUUUGGCUGUAAAAUGGAAAGGCACCACUAGGGGUAGAUGGGACGUUCACGAAAAGAAGAGGGAUUAUUUAGUGAAGAGGAAUUGA